AAGCUGAUUUAAAUUCAAAUGUCAUUUUUCUCUCAACAAUUAUCAGCCACGAAAAUGAUAGUUGGAAGAAGAAUUUACGGUUACCUCCUAAAGAUAUAAGACCACAAACUGAAGAUGUAACAGCUACAAAGGGAAAUGAAUUUGAAGAUUACUUUUUGAAACGAGAAUUACUAAUGGGGAUAUUUGAAGCAGGAUUUGAACGACCAUCACCUAUUCAAGAAGAGUCGAUACCUAUCGCCCUUACCGGUCGUGAUAUCUUGGCGAGAGCUAAAAAUGGCACUGGUAAAACUGCAGCUUUUGUGAUUCCAUCGUUAGAGAAAAUCAAUACUAAAAAACCAAAAAUUCAAGCAUUAUUACUCGUUCCAACAAGGGAGUUGGCCUUACAGACAUCACAAGUUUGCAAAAGUCUUGGUAAACAUAUGGGUGUUCAGGUGAUGGUAACAACUGGUGGUACAACAUUAAAAGAUGAUAUUUUACGUUUAUCUGAAACUGUGCAUAUUGUUGUUGGGACACCUGGUCGUAUUUUGGAUUUGGCCGGUAAAGGUGUUGCAGAUUUUAGUGAGUGUCCAACAUUCGUAAUGGACGAGGCUGAUAAGUUGUUAAGUCCGGAGUUCUCUCCAAUUGUUGAACAAUUAUUAGGAUAUUUUCCAAAAAAUCGCCAGAUAAUGUUAUACAGUGCUACAUUUCCUUUAAUUGAGAAAUAUCUUGUGAAGCCAUAUGAAAUUAAUUUAAUGGACGAGCUAACUCUUCGCGGUGUAACACAGUACUAUGCAUUUGUAGAAGAGAGACAAAAAGUACAUUGUCUUAAUACUCUAUUCUCGAAGUUACAAAUCAAUCAAUCGAUUAUUUUUUGUAAUUCAACAAAUCGAGUCGAACUUCUAGCUAAAAAAAUUACUGAACUUGGAUACUCUUGUUUUUAUAGUCACGCCAAAAUGUUACAAAGUCAUCGUAAUCGUGUUUUCCAUGAUUUUAGAAAUGGCGUCUGCCGUAAUUUAGUAUGUUCAGAUUUGCUUACCCGUGGUAUUGAUAUUCAAGCGGUAAACGUGGUAAUUAAUUUUGAUUUUCCAAAGAAUGCUGAAACAUACCUUCACCGCAUUGGUAGAUCUGGUCGUUUUGGUCAUUUGGGCCUUGCGAUUAAUCUCAUUACCUAUGAAGAUCAUAGCAUUGGACAUGGACAUUGGAUAUGUAUUGGGACAAUGUCCAACAUAUUAAUAUUAUGUCCACAAGAUGCAUUGGACAAUGUACAGCAUUGUCCAAUGCCAACCCUGCUUCUGUGA